AUGACCCGCAGAAAUCCUAAAUCUCCCGAGGCUGGCUUCUAUGCGCCAGCAACCAAAGCGACUAUCCCAAUUCGCAACGAGAGACGUAGGUCUCGGGAUGCUCCUGGUGAAAACGUCCUCAACAUUCUUCCAGAUGACGUUCGAAAAAUGAUCUAUAAGCUCUGCAAACCAGCCCCGCGUGUGAUCGAAAUUUAUAACUCCAGCCUUGGAAAUUGGGAGAACCUCGCUAGAAGAGCAAUAUCUGUAUACCUGCCUUCGAACCUGUAUGAAUAUCAUUCCACCCAAGUAGCCAGAUGCAAGGGUGUCACUGUUCCUGUGCUACUUCACAUCAACCACGAGUCGAGAGCAUAUGCAUUGCGCUUCUACACUGUCAUCUUCACUGACCCAAUUCGUGGUCAGCCAGUCUAUUUUGACCUACGGCGAGAUGUUUUAGAAAUUCAAGGCAUGGAAGCGGCAUUCGUAUUACUUGGUCGUGUCCCCUCCUUCACCUCUGAACAAUAUGAGUUUGCAAAGGGAGGCGAUAUGACUACGGCCAUGAUGAAAAUACGAAAUCUGUCCGUUGCAUUAGGCGCUCGUCCCGACCAACUUCUUACGGAACCUUUCUCUGGGCUUAAAGAAUUCACGAAUACGGAAUACCUGCAAACUCUUUAUCUUCAUUGCAGUUUCAAGACAGAGUAUGAAUUACAUUGCCGCUAUUCCAAGCCUCGUGACAAUCUGACUGUGAAGGAUCGGGAUCAACUUUACAAGGACAAAAAGCCCAAGAGGAAAUUCCUUGUUACAAAAGCACCAAAGUCCAUGUAUGUGUUUGGACAGGCAAAGAGAUGA